AUGUCUCGCGUGAAAAAGCUCAAGAAGACCAAGAGCGAGGAGCCUGAGAAAGAGGAGUCUCAGAAAGUUUCAUACGCUGAUUCCUUCACGGGGAGCUUUUCGAUUCCAGAAAAUAAGGAAGCAUUGCUUAGAAUCCUCCGAAUCAGCAAGUUGAACAGGAGUAGUUUGCACAACCUUUUCAAGAUGAGAUCUGGGUCAAAGGUUUUGAAAAAACAGUUCGUUCUCUUUCGCUCCAUAUGGCCAUUUCCCGAGGGGCCCGGUGAUUUCGCCGACAGAGCAGCUUGCUAUAACCUCGAAGGCGUUUGGAAACAAGCCCUUCAUCUGGUGAAUGAUCCAGAGGAAGCUAAGCGGUAUCUUGCCUUGGUCAACCAUCAGCAUCUCGUGUCCGAAUUGCAAGAAGGUGACCCGCAAUGGGCGGGGUCCUGGAUGCCGGUGUUGAGAUUUCAAGCUAGAUGCAUUGCUUUCUCCCGGAGAAAAACGGAUACGCGUGUAGUUGCAGUCCGUCAAUCUACAAGAAGAACUGUGUCAAGCCCCAUGAAAGGGAAGGGCGAAGAUGAAGCAAUUGUUAACGCCGCACUCGUCCUCCUCCUCAAUGCCGCAGCUAGCCUUGUCCGAUCAUCACAAUGCGAAUUUAGCAUGGUUCGCGUGCCGUUCAUCGCCAAGUUUAACCACGCAAAGUUUAAAGCCCUCACUGACGGGGCUCUUUGGGUUCGAAGCACUGAAGCGAUUCGUGGAAUCAUUGAAGUCAAGAAGGCUCGGCGAUCAAAGAUCGGUGAUAAGGUUACCAUGCAAGAAGCCGCAGAGUUGGUUGGAUGGAUUAUGAAUAGCCAGCCAUGGGAAGAAGCUUUCUCGGGAUACAAAUGCCUGAUAUCCGAGGAUGGCGAUGAAGUCUGGCUCUUAUUUGCCAAGCCGACCGAAACCUACGCCGCUUACCUUCGCGAUGGCACACUGGAUGAUGACGCGUUGCUUACUGUGGAACGAUAUGGGCCUUACAAGGUGGAUGACGAUGGUGACAUGUUACAUCUUCUCUACGCAGUUGUCGCGAUAUACCUUCAAGCUGUCGCCUUCGAUAAUGUAUCCCAAGCCUAG